ACAUCGUUCGAUUGCACCCGAACGUCCGUGGAGAGCGCUAAGUAAGCGCUCAAAAGGGCCUCGGCCUAUUGAAGCAUUACGGUUGCCCAUGGUAACUUCACAACAGAGGGAACGCUUACACCACGAAGCCUUCAGGUCGCUUUUAACUUUGGACGCGGUUAGAAAAUAGUCACUGAGCAGCCGUCAACAGUAACAACAACAUCACUAUGUUUCAUUCGUGAAAUGAUCUGCUUAUAACUCAGGGAUCGAAAACAAGUCUUCUUGUCACAUGAAAUAGGAGUUUGUAUACAGAAUAGAAAUUCACAAUCUCUCAGAUGAAUAUCCAAGGUCACAACGUCUCCGUUGGAGGACAGCAAGUAAUACACCAAGUCGAGGGUGGACCAGAAGGACGCGAUGACGAGGAAGAAGGGAACGUGUGUGUCGGUGGAACCCAGGUCAUACAUAAGUAUGCUUCACCUGCAAAUGAGUGGGACAAUGAAGUUAACAGGCACAGUCAACAUAAGGUCUGGACUACUGUGUGCUCUGUGGUAAAAGAACAUGUCCUGAAACACCCAGUUACCAUCAUCAUAGGAAGCCCUGGCGAGGGAAAGACGACAACAGGAUAUAUGGUAAUGGACGACUUUUUGAAAAAGAGGUGGCACACGUUCAUUCCAAAAACGCCACAAGAAUAUUUUUCUCACAAGAUGGUAGGACGGACGAUUGUUUUGUUGAAUGAUAUUUUCGGGGUAUUUGAAUAUGAUGAGUUUUGUUUGAAAGGAUGGCUUCAAGCUUUUGAUGACAUAAGAUCCCAUGAUUUCAAAAGUUCUGACGUAAAUGCAGUGAAAACAAACAGUGUGAAGUACAUCAUUGUAAGCAGAGACUAUAUAUGGAGAGAAGCAGAGUACAAAUUAGGAAAGUUCAUCAACAAUAUUUUCCAGAAGGUCAAUAUUAUUGAUAUCAAUUCAUCUGUUGAAGCUAUGCUAAAGCUUGAGGAUAAGCUCCAAAUCAUUAAUGCCAUGACAAGCAAAUAUGGCGUAGAGCUUUCGAAAGAUGUCAUUGAAAGAAUUAUCACUGUUCCAAGUCCGCAUGGUUUUCCACAUUGUGCAGAACUGAUGUUUACCCUGCAAGAAACGAGAGAGGACGCCGAGGCAUUUAUGAGAGAGCCACUCAUCUUCUUGAAGGAGACAAUCAAACAGUUGUGUGAUGAUGCUGUAAAACGCCACGUCUUCUGUCUACUUCUUAAACAGGGAGGGGACAUGCUACUUUAUAAGACAACAAAACAGUUACAAGAUGCUGGAAAGGGUUUGUUUCCUGAUCACAUGAUGGGUGCCGUUGAUGUUCAUACUUUCCAGAGGACAUGUAAAGUGUUGGAAGGGCCGUAUCUUCAGAGAGAGGAAGACAGGAUAAAGUUUUCCCACCCUUCAGUACUUCAUAGCGUAGCUGUGAAUCUCGGAUGUGACUACCCUGAGUUGUUAAUAAACCAUUGCGACAUGAGCGUGUUGAAGGACAUCCUCAGACAUGGAAAUGAGCCUGAUGAGAAGCAUGUGGAUGUCACGGAUACCAUUCUGCCCAUUGUCAUUGAUAGAUUUGCAAAGGAGCUUUCCCAGGGAAGCAUGAAACAAGUGCUCUCGCAUGUCCUUCUGCAGUGGAAGGAGUUUGUAGUGAAUUUGCUCAAUUGUUCCGAGAUUUCGAACGAUUUGCCAGAGCAGGUUGAUGCAGCCACAGGCGAGUCCUGCUUGUAUCUGGCAUCUAGCAACAAGAAAAAUGUGUUUUUAGAAGCGCUCCUGGGAAGGUUCCGUAUAUCUAAAGUUAACUUGGUAAAUGCUUUGUUUGGUUGCUGUGAGUUUGGAAAUAGCAAUGGAGCCAGUUAUCUCCUUUCAUCGAACCAGAACAGUUUAUCAAAUGUAAGGAAUAAAGAAGGUGAAACAUUUCUUAUAGCUGCUGCCAGGAAUAGACACACUGACGUCUGCAGGGUAGUCCUUACUUAUCAAAGCAUAGAUUGGAGGAACUUACAUGGAGACAGUGCUAUGCAUCUAGCUGCAGAACAAGGCAAUACUGAACUCAUAAAGCUGUUGAUAGAUCGCGUUAAGGAUGUGGAUCAGAACAAUAAUAAGAUGGAAACAGCCCUUCAUAAAGCAUUACUUGGUGGACAUCUUGAGACGUCAAAGGAGCUUCUGCGAAAGGGGGCUGAUUUUACUAAGACAGAGUCAAUGGCAUUGACGGCACUUCAUUGUGCUUGUUACACAGGUUUAUCUGAUAUUGUUGAGAUUCUGGUGGAGAAAGGGUGCAACCUCAGUGCAAAAAACAAACGCGGAAGUCAUGCAAUCUUUAAAGCUGCUGAAAGAGGACACACUGAAGUAGUAGAAUUGCUGCACAAAACUGGGUGUAGUGUGCACACAUCUAACAAUGCUGGUGUCACAUGUCUACACUUGGCAAGUCAGAAUGGUCACAUUGAUACUGUCAAAUGUCUUCUGAAAUUAGGCUGUGAUAUUGAUGCCAGAAGUCAGGUUGGAAAUACACCACUAAUUCAAGCAGCAAUUGGAAGCCAGUUAGAAGUGUUGAAAACCUUAGUGGACCAUGGAGCAGAUAUCCAUGCUAUGGACGUACUGGGGCGUACUCCAUUCAUCAUAUCCAUUCUUUUUUUUUGUCCAGAUGCAGCUGUGUUUCUGCUUCACAGGGGUGCAGAUACACGUCUCAAAAUGGAAUUGUCAUUUCCAAAGUGUCUUGAAUUUCUUCAGCUGGAAGCUCCAGAUGGAAGAUUUAGAAAUGUAUUACUCUGCCUCCUUCAGAUCAGCAAAAUGAUGGAACGGUUUCUUCCACAAACUACCAUAUCAGCCCUGGCACUCAGUGUGUUCACAGGUCAAAAGAACAUUAUGGUCAAUAUUCUAGAUCAAGGAGAGGAUCCAUUUGUUACAAUUGUGGGUGGAAACCUUCUACACUGCUGCUGUGAAAACCCAAACAUGGUCGAGACCUAUGGCCUUAUCAUGGACAUGCUUAGUCUUCUUUCUCUGGAUUCAGUUAAAGUGCCCACUAUAACCAUUUUGAAACACUCGUGUGCUCCUGAUGUUGCCGAGGAACUUAUUCAAAGGGGAGUCGAUGUCAACGCAUUUAAUAGUGAUGGUGUUGCCCCUUUGCAUCUUGCAGCUAAACAUGGCCAUGUUGGUAUGUUGAAAGUAUUACUGGACAGUAACAAUUGUUUCAUCAAUCCAAGAUCUCACAAGGAUAGGUCAACUCCAUUACACGUGGCUGUGAAAAGCAAUCACACAGAUGCAGUAAAACUGCUGUUGAGGCAUGAGUGUGAUGUAAACAGCAAGGAUGUUGCAGGUAGAAGUCCAGUACAUUUGGCUUGUGAGACAGGCAACACCACUGUUCUGAAAGACCUUAUGUCCAAAGGAGGUGAUGCAAAUAUUCAGGAUCAGAAAGGCAAUACACCUCUUCACUAUGCAGCCUGGCGAGGUCGCCUUUUCUGUGCACUGUAUCUGAUGAAUACUGCGAAUCUCUUGGACAUGCAGAACAAGUAUUCAUUCAGAGCAGUAGACUAUGCCUAUGCACGCUGCAACAUUCUCACAGGCAAGGUUCUUGAGGCGCAUUUCCCUCCACUGAGUCGUGUCAGACGGUGUAAACUUCAAAUACUGAAAGUUGUGUGUGCGAACCUCUUUGUUGAAUUGAUCUUGAACGAACCACUGAUGACAAUAUCUAUAAUACUAUAUGUAUUAUCAUUCAUACCGUUGCUGUAUUAUCAAUAGGUCUUGUACUGUUGCUGUCACACAAAUGCUUCAAAUAUAUCACCAAGUCGUCGCAUUCUCAGCAUAAGACUGAUCUUUGAAGAAGCACCCAGGCUAAUCUGAUAACCAAAGUGUUAUGAUGUUCACCAGAGAGAAAAAUCUGUGACGUUUCAUCAUAACGAAUGUCCCGUGGUCUAGUCUGCCAAGACAGCAGAGGGUCUGUGGUUCGAUCCCCUUAAAGACGUUAAAAGAUUGUACUUGUUUUUACCCUGCUAUACGCUCAUCAUUGACGUGACAAAAACUAAGGAUUGGGUGAGUGAGUAUACUGUUUGUGUACAUGUUAAACACUGACACAGUAUCCUGAGUUAAAACUUUUGGGUUUUGGGUAUAAUGAACUUAGUUAUAAGGACACUGCUGGGUUAUCUGGAGUUGACCCUAACCAAAUUCACAAAAAAAUCAAUAUAAUUUAAAAAGUUUGCUGGAAACAAUAUCUCUGUUCAGUUGUAAAUAUUACAAUAUAUGCCUAACCCUGGCAGGUGUGGGUUCGAAUCCCGGACGGGACUCAACCCAAAAAAGUACUAGAAUCUGUACUUUACUAAGAAAGUGUUAUCCCAAAUAUAACAUGGGUUACAUUAUCUCUGAUUAUUUGUAAAUAUUACAAUCUAUUCUAACUUUAAAUGGACUUUAAGUUCGAUGAGAUUACAUAUAGUUUUACAUCUUAAGCAUUUCUUCUGAAACCUUAAGGUCAAUGAUCCUUAAGGUUUGCAUUGAUGAUCAGAGAAAUUGUGGAGCCACUAGAAUGUGCCGUUAACGUGUUGAUCAGAUGUUAAUUAGCACUGUACAUAUGUUCGUUCGUGAAGACUUGUGACUGCCGUCAUUAUCAUAUUUUAUAUGUACUUUGGCCCAAGAAUGUGUGAUUGAGUUAGCUAACUUGGCCCAAGACACGAUGCCAAGUAUAUUUCUUGCAAUGCAUAAUAUAUGUACAUGUGGUUUGGAUGUUUAUUGUGUGGACUCCGUUAGUUUAGAUGCAUUGUUUCCUGUAGUUUUAGACAAAAGGAUCAAAUGUUGCAAUAAUUCCUGAAAUAUCCACGUGGGAUGCGAAUCCUGUGUUGAACAAGUUAAUAUCAUAGAGAGAACCCUUCUAGAAUGAAUAUGUUUGACAUCCCCGCUUGAAACUUGAAUAGCCUGAUGUUGCAGUCUCGGGCACAAAGGAGAAAUACUGCAUGUAUCCACAAUCAACACUUCACUGGUUGUCUAGCUUCAGUCUCCUGGAUUCUGCAGUCUUAAAUGUUAUUUAUGAAAUAUGUAACAAGUUAUGUUGUUCACAUUGUUAUCUUAUUAUUAUAGUUAUUUGUUUUAUGAAUCUGUGACAUGUCUGUAACCAUUUUAAAGACCUAUAACGACUAAUAUGAUGACUAAUUUGUUACCACUGCCAUUGCACAGAAAUACUAGAAUGUAAAACUGUAUGUCACUCGCUUACACUUUGGCAUUUUGUAUGCCUUUUGUGCGAUAUUCAUUAUAUUUGUGUAACUACAAGCACGUUAUGUGUUGUAUUAUUACUAUUUUAAGAGUUUGCGCAAUUUUCUCAUUAAUGAUUGUUUUUAAGCCUGGUCUUUGACACUUCUUAAAAUGUCCUAUAUAUUUCUAUGCAUCGUUAAUAUUAGCUUUAUUACCUUAAAUGACAACGAGUUCUGGCUCUCAGCAAGACUAUUUCGUGUUGAGGUUGUAUUGUGUUAUUAUGUAAACCAACGAUGUGAUUGCCUUUUCAACUUUCUCUGGGAUGACCUAUUUAAAAAUCAACCUAACCUGGUAUCACCACAACACAUCACAGAAGCUGAAAAAGAGUAGCUCUUGAUAAACCUGUAUCUCAACAUCUUAACUCUUACACUGAUUUUGUACCCACAAUCAUUAACGUUAACUUUAGGCGCUACACUCAAGAAGAUAUCGCUACAUGUAUUACUGAAUUUAUACAAUGGCUCAUACCUGUUUGCGCUGGCCAAAUAUAUAAUAAUUUUACGAGCAUGUCGUAUUUUUAACUUCGGUUCUGCUAAAAACCGAUGAGGAUGAAUAUCUUACAUGUAUCCUUUGUGAUGAAAGUUUUUGCAUGAACCAUGAAAUCGUAAGGGAAUCUCAUCAACCACACAACUAAAUGAUUUAUUUCUCCCUGUGAGCCAGCAUCUCAUCUUGAAAUAUCUGAUAGAAAUAGAAAAACAACCUUAAAUAUGUUUGAAUUAAUGAUCCUUUGUCUUUUGCAUAGUAUUGUACCCCAAAGAACUGUCUGAUCCAGACUCGAUUGUAAUAGAUUAAUCAUAGACUCGAUUGUCUCUAGCUCAAAAGUUAUUUGAUCAAGGCUACAGUAUUUAAGGCCUCGGUUAACCUUUUAGAAGUUGUGUCGUUUUCAAGUGAACAAUUGACUUGCCUUUGCAUGUGUUUCUGCAUCGGUGCCACUAAUGGAGCAGGAUCCAUAAACACAUACUCGGGAUAGUCAGAAUGGUACAAUCGGGUCUGAUUUAGGCAGAAAUUUCUUUUGGAUAUAGAAAGGGUUUAGUCGCUUUUAUUACAAGUCGCCACCAUCUGGCAGGCGUACUGCUGAAUGUGGCAACAAACAAAUACUUACUCUAUUGACGUAAGUGUUGGUUGUUGGCGGUAGAGCAUGACAUCCUUACCUUUGCGCGAACACCUGGUGUCAUCACUGAUUUUCAGUGAUCAAUAAAUAUAAUUUUCAUCUCUAUUUUUCCUUUUAAGCCCUACUGAAUCUGUUUGGAAGAUAACCAAAACUGAAUAUUCUCUGACAUUGGCAGUUUGAAUUUGGUUUGAUGCUAAAACAGGAUAAGUAAAGGAUCAGUGUUAACUGUUUGACACGUCUUCCUGUAUCUAUCGUAAUAAAAGUAAGUAUGAUCACCCAGUGUUUUAGAUCAAAUCAAUCUUUGAGCAUUUGUAUUAUUGUAUUGUACAAAACCACCUGUAUGUUUAAGUGAUGACGUACAUCCUGUAUGAAGCUGACGGGACCAUGGUCUACAGUAAGGUAGUCUGGCCUUAGUUGCUGCUGGCAUAUAACCAUUUUAUGUUCAAUUAUACACGUUAGGUUUGCGUAAAGUAUGUUUGACAAGUUGUUCAUGUAUACGUUUAUAUCUCUCUAUGUAUUCAUGACAUGUUUUCUUACAAAACUUUCAUGCAUUAUGACUAAAACAUUGCUGACGCAACGUUAAAUGUUUACUCACUCUAGAAUAAAGGUGUAGGCAUGACUUACUUGUUUUUGUUUUGAUCAAAGGACACGUGAUAUGCAUUGGAAAUUAAAUAAAGAAUA